UGUCCCCAGUCUCUGGUCAUCCCUGUGCUGUGUCCCCAGUCUCUGGUCAUCCCUGUGCUGUGUCCCCAGUCUCUGGUCAUCCCUGUACUGUGUCUGCAGUCUCUGGUCAUCCCUGUACUGUGUCCGCAGUCUCUGGUCAUCCCUGUACUGUGUCCGCAGUCUCUGUCUCUGGUCAUCCCUGUACUGUGUCCGCAGUCUCUGGUCAUCCCUGUACUGUGUCCGCAGUCUCUGGUCAUCCCUGUACUGUCCGCAGUCUCUGGUCAUCCCUGUACUGUGUCCGCAGUCUCUGGUCAUCCCUGUACUGUGUCCGCAGUCUCUGGUCAUCCCUGUGCUGUGUCCCCAGUCUCUGGUCAUCCCUGUGCUGUGUCCCCAGUCUCUGGUCAUCCCUGUGCUGUGUCCCCAGUCUCUGGUCAUCCCUGUACUGUGUCCGCAGUCUCUGGUCAUCCCUGUGCUGUGUCCGCAGUCUCUGGUCAUCCCUGUGCUGUGUCCCCAGUCUCUGGUCAUCCCUGUGCUGUGUCCCCAGUCUCUGGUCAUCCCUGUGCUGUGUCCCCAGUCUCUGGUCAUCCCUGUGCUGUGUCCCCAGUCUCUGGUCAUCCC